CGCCUGUUUCUGCUUAUGUCAGCCGACUCAGCGUAUUGACAACUUACCGCUAUGAGAAAUAUGCCUGUAUCAUGCCUUCCAAGCGUGUUGUAUGUCUGAUGAUCGUGUCAAACGUGUUUAUUUUUUGCUGACAUGUAUUGUCUCUGUUUUUUCUCUCCAAGGAUUAGAGAACUUUUCUCUAAUCAUAUUUUAUUUACUCUGCUUUUUACAGACGAUAAGUUUCAGCUCAAGCGGAUGUCGAUUACUUACUCGCGGAUGUGGAUCGAUACUUCUCGAACGUGCGAGAUGCAAAUCAUAAUUGCACUAGUUUCGAAAGUGUUUGACGCAUAUUGACACGGUACCGGCACUCACGGAAUUGCUUAUUCCAAUACGCUUUGCGGAGUACGUGCCUUUAAAUCGAUACGAGCCUUAACAAACCCUACAAUUCUUGCAAAGCCACUUAUUGACCUUACAGUUUCUCUAGUGAUAAUCAACCUCAAAAAGUCUUCUUAAAUAAAACAAGCUUUGUUUGUGGUAAUCAGAGGAAAAAAAUAUGCAAAUGUUUGCAUGUUGUUGACUUGCUCACAGUCCGUUUCCAGUGUUUUGUUAGUCGGGCGAAAAACGGUCGACUUCUUGCGACCUCGUGGCUCCUUUUUGAGAAUUUGACUUGUCACAAGCCAACACUAUACAGAUCCUGUACAUGAUAGUAUGUCUUUAGCCAUGAUAAAGUCGAAUUUGUGAAGUCGGGUGUUAUUAUUUUUUUUGUCUGAGAUCUCGAGACUCGAGAGGUUGAGAUGGCUGCGAAAAGACUGGGCUUCGUGGUUUUUUAUCCCAACCUGAACUAUGGGAUAUCUGAAGAACCAAGAUGGCGGCAACUGUGGCUGGUUUACCUCAAGCGCAAAAUCAAGUAAAACAACAAGCUGGUAGUGCGUCAGAUAGGUCAUUACGUUCAGUUUUCGUUGGAAAUAUUCCUUAUGAAGCUUCAGAGGAGCAACUCAAGGAGAUCUUCUCUGAAGUCGGACCUGUUGUCAGCUUUAGACUGGUGUUCGAUCGUGAGACUGGAAAGCCUAAAGGAUAUGGCUUUUGUGAGUAUAAGGACCAAGAAACAGCCUUGAGUGCUAUGAGAAACUUGAAUGGAUAUGAGCUGAAUGGAAGAGCCUUACGAGUCGACAGUGCUGCUUCAGAAAAGAACAGGGAGGAAAUGAAGGGUAUAGAAGGCAGCAGUCGUCCUGAGGCAAACCCUUAUGGACCAACUGUCAACCCCGAGGAAGCACCUGAAGCCAUUACACAAGCUGUGGCAAGUUUACCUCCUGAGCAAAUGUUUGAACUUAUGAAGCAGAUGAAGAUUUGCAUCCAGAACAAUCCUGAAGAAGCUCGGCAGAUGUUACUCCAAAACCCACAGCUUGCUUAUGCUUUACUGCAGGCUCAGGUCGUCAUGAAAAUUGUUGAUCCUGUGAUUGCUCAGGGCAUCUUGCACAGACCUGCUGAUCCAGUGGCGCCGAUACAACCAGCAGGUACCCAGCAGCCACCACCAUUGAUGGGAUCAGGACCCAACAAUCAGGGCCCUUCUGGACCCUUCCAGUCAGGCCCUGGACCAGCACCAGAAAUGAGAGGCCCUCCAGACAUGAGAGGUCCAUCAGACAUGAGAGGUCCUCCUGACAUGAGAGGCCCAGGUGAUAUGAGGGGACCACCUGAUAUGAGGGGCCCAGGAGACAUGAGGGGCCCACCAGAUAUGAGGGGCCCACAAGACAUGAGAGGACCAGGUCCUGAAGGGCGAGGUCCUCUAGACAUGAGAGGAAUGCCCCCAGACAUGCGUGGUCCUCCAGAUAGAGGUCCAGUUGACAUGAGGGGGCCACCUAAUCGAGGACCAGGUGACAUGAGAGGUCCCCCUGACCGAGGACCAGGGGAUAUGAGAGGCCCCCCAGAUAGAGGUCCAGGUGACAUGAGAGGUCCCCCAGAUAGAGGCCCAGGUGAUAUGAGAGGUCCCCCAGAUAGAGGCCCAGGUGAUAUGAGAGGUCCCCCAGAUAGGGGUCCAGGAGAUAUGAGAGGUCCCCCAGACAGGGGACCAGGAGAUAUGAGAGGUCCUCCUGACAGAGGUCCUGGAGAAAUAAGGAGCCUUCUUGGAGACAUGCAUGGGCCAGGGCCAGAUCCAAGGGACUUCAGAGGUCCCCAUCCAAAUGGGUCUAGAAUGGCACCAGACAUGAGAGGACCUGAUGGCAGAGGGCCCCAGGGUCCUGACUUUAGAGGCCCUCCACAGGACCAGUUUGGAGACCCAAGAGAUCGCCGCAUGCCAUUUGAUCCCAGAGAUCCGAGGAAUAGAGAGCCGCCGAGAGAUGAUAGGCGAGGUCCAUCAGGAGACCCAAGAGAUCAACCAAGGGAUCCCAGAGGGCCUCCCCCAGAUCAGCGAUUUGGAGCUGGUGGCCCAAGGGAUCCACGUGCUGAACGUGGUCCACCAGGCCCCCCAUCUGAUGGACGAUUUUCAGGGCCUGCCCAUUCUCCACAGCAGCAAUGGGCACCCAACCAAGGGGGACCUCCUCCAAGGGGGCCGCCAGGCUUUAAUCCUCCCCAAGCAGGGCCCGUUCAACAGGGUGCUGAUGUCACAGCACAGGAUCAAGAAAAGGCCGCCCUUAUCAUGCAGGUGUUGAGCCUCACUGAUCAACAGAUUUCGCUGCUGCCUGCUGAUCAGCGACAGAGUAUCAUGGUACUGAAGGAACAGAUAGCUCACAGCACGCAGCCCAAUUAAUUUAUGAUGGCAAUAGCAUUCGAUUUGUUCUCUCUGCUUUAUAAGCUUCAUUAAACUUGUCAAAGAUGCUGUUUGUGAAAUUUCA